AUGUAUGUAGCCGCUCACCUCGUAGCUGUUCGGUGUAGCUAUAGUCAGAAAAUCUGUAAUAUUCAGCGUUUAUGUGUUAUAUCGUUCACCUAUCAAAGUCUCUACAAAACCAAGUUUGAGUCGGCGGGUCUGAAAUGAGUAUAUCAGCGACCGUUAGCUGUAGUUCAACGUUGUGUAGUUAACGCUGUUUAACGUACUUAGCUUAAAUGACUGUUAGCCACCUGUACUUGCUCUCACUUUCUUAGGACUCUUGCUUGGAUUCGCCCCCCUCCAGGUAGCUAACUAACAUUAGCUUUAGCGCUUGGACGGUUAGCUGGGGAAAGUACCGUCCUCUCUCUGCCAGGAUGCUCCUCACCGUCCUGGUAUGCUGGCUGUCAGUGGCUGGCCUUGCACAGCAGGCAGAAGACGACUGGAUUGACCCUUAUGAUAUGCUCAACUACGAUGCAAGCACCAAAACGAUGAGGAAGCCUGCGGAGCCAGCAAACUACCACAAUGUGCCAACCAAAAGAAGAGAGUACAUUCGGGACUCCAGCCAGCCUGAGCAGACGCCUUGUGACCGAGAAGUGGCGGAUCUACAGAAACAGAUUGAAGAACAAAAGAAGAGAAUCAUGCUCAUCUCGCAGCAGCCUACAUGCAAUCCAGUGUUCAAGCGUUUCCUUAGCAGACUCCUGAAGGAAAUACAAAGAGUUGGUUUGUCCAGUGACUCCACGGACAUCCUGUAUGAUGCCAAAAUCAAACUGUCCAGACAGGCCAUCACUGAGAUUCAGACACUUCUGGAUGGUGAAGAGAGCUGGAGGACAGGGGCUCUGGACAAUGCCAUCAGUCAGAUACUGGUGGAUCUCAGACCACAUGACUAUGAGGCCUGGAAGUGGCGUUUUGAAGACACCUUUGGCGUGGAGCUUGACACAGUAUUAAAAGUGGGGCUGUGUGUUCUGGUUAUGGUGGCCAUCAUAUGCACUGAGCUGUGGUCAACGGUGUCCUGGUUCAUGCAGUUCAGGAGACUGUUUGCUGUUUGCUUCUUCGUCAGUAUUAUCUGGAACUGGUUCUAUCUGUACAAGAUUGCCUUUGCUGAGCACCAAAACAACAUGGCGAAGAUGUACGGCGCAGAUGAAAAAUGCAGUGGAAUGAAGAAAAUUGACUGGAGUGAUAGUCUUCGAGAGUGGUUCAGAAGCACCUGGACUCUUCAAGAUGAUCCUUGUAAGCGAUACUAUGAAGUCGUCCUAGUCAACCCCAUUCUGCUGGUACCUCCUACCAAGGCAAUCUCGGUUACCAUCACAACCUUCAUCACAGAGCCGCUGAAGCACUUUGGUCAGGGGAUCAGUGAGUUUCUUCGAGCCCUCCUCAAAGAUCUACCAAUUACCCUGCAGAUACCAGUUCUCAUCACUAUCGUGCUCGCCAUUGUGGUAUUCAUGUAUGGAAGUGUACAGGCAGCCUUCCAGCAUGGCAUCACUGCGCCUUUCCGCCGCCCUCGAAGGGAUCCUGCUCCUCCACAACUGGACCCACCGCAACGUCACCUCCAGGAGAUCGAGAACCGUGGCCACUUAGCAGGAGGGGACGCACCACGACAGGCACAGAGGCACCGAGCCAAUGAUAGCAGGUUACACAGGAACCAGGUUCAUCAGAGGCGGGCCUACAGACCCAGGGAAGAGCAAGUCGAGGUGGAGACGCUGCACACUGCUGAGUCUCUCUACAGUGAGGAUGAGACGGAUGCUCAGCUACAUGAGGCAGAGCAGAAUCACUCUUCUGUGUCAGGUUCAGAAAACCAGCAGGAGGCUCAGAAAGAGCCACGAGGGGCGAGUGCUGACAGUGUUGCUACCAACACAGCCCAAUCAGAAACUAAACCCACUGAAUCAGAUUCGCCUCAAUCAGACACUAAAACUCUGAAAGAGAAUGAAAACCUUCCUAAAGAUGAACUCAGCAAAGACGUUGGAGCGUUGAAACCUCAGCCAAUAGAAAGGCGGCCUUCACAAACAGACGUUAAGGGACAGGAAGCCUCAGCAGAAGACAGGACCUCCUCUGCUGCACUGACGCAAGAUGAACCUGCCAGAGUUCCUGUUCAGGAGUCAUCUCCAGUGUUAGUGGAGUAGACAGUCUCUACGGCGAUCAAAGCAGGAAGCUCAUCCGUGCUGGGUGCUUUGACCGAUGGAGGUGAUGUGCCAAGAAGAGUUGAUGCCUGACAGAUAUUGUUUAAAUGUGCAUGUACAAGAUUUCAGAAGUGAUUCCAACUCACUUUGUCUUGCCACUGUGCAGUCAGCUGAAUGUCCCUCUCCCUGAGCAGAGUCACUUGUACUGUUGGGUGAAUCUGAUAAUUCUAGUAUUUCAUGAUAAUAUCGGCUCAUCUCCUCAGUUAGAAAGAGCGAAACGUUCAAUCGGCCGCACAUCAGCCAGACUAAAACAGGUGUCAGGGAAACUGGAAACGAACAUGUCAAGGACAGCGUUGUCGACCUGAUUUGGUGUUUUACUCAUUGGUAUGAAUCAUGGUCUUACAAAUGAGGUAUGGCUGCCUUCAUUGUAAUGAUAAUGAAAGACUGUUUAAUUAUUACAAUGAGCACAUAAUGAGUUUUGGUUUUGAAGUUGAAAUGUAAAUGUGGAUUUUGUAAUUUAAAAGGGAUAAAAUCUAUUUCUUCACGCUCUUUUUUUUUUUUUUUACAAUAAUCUAUUUUUGUGAAUAUUAAUGGUUUGUAUGUUGAGGCCUUUGAAAUAAUAAUAAUGUUGAAGUCAGUUUUUCCGAGCAGCAGUGCUGCUUUCUUUCAUUUCCCAUUGGAAGUGGCAAACUUCUUGUACAAAGCUGGACGGGACUGCUGACAGUACGGUUGGGUGCAGUGGAAAAAGCUGUAAUUAGUGAGUGUCAUACAUUUCUAAAUCAAUCUGUACAUUACAAAAUCAUUGAUCUUAAAGUCUUAAAUCAGUUUAAAAAAUAAGGGUCAGGUAAGAAUGUUUUUUAACACAGGUGCAGCUAGCAACUAGCUGAUGAAAGUAGUGGCGCAUUUAGCCGCUAAAUAGGCAGGAGACUAAUUAUUGGACUGCAUCAGGUGGCCAGAAACAUGACUGCGGUGAAUAUAUCAUAUGUCCAUGUAGUGUGUGUACAGCUUAUUUUCACUGCCCCCCAAAUGGCAAACCUGUUAAAUCUGUUUGGCAGCUAAAUUGUAAAAUCAUUUAAAAGUUAUGACAGGUGCUGGGAAUAAUACAUGAAUCUGCAAAAUGUGACAUCUGGAUGAGCAUUGUAUUUUAUUAAUGGGUAUUUAGUGGGAA